CGCCUCUCUCCGGAACAUCACCUUGUUGUUUUUAUCUUCUCUUUUUCUUCCUUCAUCCUCUCCUUCCUCCGCAUAACGCUACUCCCCUCCCGUCGUCCCUGCAUACGCUAUCGUAACCGACGUAUUUUGCCUGCUUUAAUCGCGGGUUGAAAUACUGAUUGACAACCGGCGAGGUCGCUUGUUCGGGCCGUUUGUGGACGAGAGACAGGUGGUUGCAGGUGGUUGCCUGCCUGAUUAUCGUGUUCGGUUAGGGCGGCUAUUCCCCGGACUUUUCAUAUUUCACUGUUCCCUCAGUCCCGUCCUCUUCCCCUCCCUCCCAACACGUAUACGCCGCUUCCGUCAUCGUCUCGUUCUCCCCAAUCCACCCCCUCGUCCCCACCCCCAGCGCAAAAGGGGAGACAGCCACCCGCAGAGGGAACCAAGAGAAGGAGACAGGGCAUCCGAGGCUUCUAAAUCAGGACAACUGCCCCAGAAUCAAAUAGCGUGCUUCGGUCGAGAUCCAGUGUUACAUCACCUCGGUCACCGUUUCACUUCUUAUCCUCCGCUACUCAACUCAACCUCCCCCGCACUCCCCUUCCAACAAACUUUACCAUGGACGGCCCCUCCACAGCGACGGUGUCAGCCCAGUCUCACACUCAGACACAGCAAGACAAGGUCGCCGCAAGACCCUACAAGUGCCCCUACCCACUUUGCGGCCGCGCAUUCAGCAGACUCGAGCACCAGACCCGGCAUAUACGGACACACACGGGCGAGAAGCCCUUCGCCUGCACCUUCCCCUCCUGCGAAAAGCGUUUCUCCCGCUCAGACGAGCUUACCCGCCACUCCCGUAUACACAACAACGAGCACCAGUCCCAGCAUGCCACUGGCAAACGGGCAAAGCCCAAGUCCGAACACCCGCUGCACGACGACCACCUCGAUCAGGGCAACUCCGUCAGCCUCCACUCGUACAGCCGCAGUACCCAUGAGUCAGCCGCAGACUCAUCCAGUGUCAGGAUAAAGAAAAAAGCCAGGAGCCGAGCCAAUAGCGACGACGAGGGUGAAUCAUACGCCCGCCCGACGGCGCUCGGCUCCUACGAAUCCUCGUACCACCCCAGACGCGCACAGCCCCACCACCUCCCCCAGUCGAAUCCCUCGGCAUUCUCCACUCUCUCGAGUGUCGCCAUGGACGAGCUCUACGCGCUCGAACGCGCAGAGGCCCUCCGCCGCGCGGAGUACGAGGCACGGCACGCCGAGGUUCUGCGGCGCGCCGAGUCCGACCUGCGGCCCCCGACGGAUUCACAUUCGAGCGCCUAUCAUAUGCACGGCGCACGCAUGGUGAAGAGCGCGACGACCAGCCCCGUUUCCACGCCGUUCCACUUUGGUCAGCCGCUUUCGGGCGCCGGUGCGGACGCGGGCUACUUUGGCAUCGGCGUGUCUGAUGAGCGCUCGACCAAGAACAGAAGGAGGCUGAGUGGGCCCGCGUGGCAGAUCACGCCCAUUUCGUCCCCAAACUCUACUCCGGCUGAGGCCCAGACGGGCCGGAGCGGCGCUGCGGGGCAGCAGUACCCCGCAUCUGGGACUGUAUCUGCAUCUGCAUACAGCCAUGCUUCGCAGCACCCCGCUUCUGUGCAUCGCCAGUUCCCGCGACAGGAAGACACGCCUUCGCCGCUGAGCUCGGACUCGGAUUCGCUCCCCCUUCCUGGGUCACAUGCGAACGGCGCCUCGCGGACGAGGUAUGGUGGUUCCCACCAUGACAUGUCUCCGCCGCUCGUGCAGGCCAAGCCUCAGCCGCGUGAUGCGGCGGCUUACGCAUACACCCCGUCUGCGUCGCCGUUCCUCGGUCCGUUGCGCACGCUCAACUUGCACUCGGGAUACCCGAGCCGCGCGCCAUCGCCGAUCUUGCUUCCCCCUUCGGCUCACGAUGAAGACGACGAUGACAGCAUGCAGACGAGCCCCGUCGAUGACGAUGCAACAAGGCCGCACGGGUACGGGUACGGAUACGGAUACAGCCAAUACGCCACGAGCGGCACGCGCUCGCCCAUCUCCGGUUCUGGCGCCUACUCGCGCAGUCGCACGUCUUCGGCGCGGAAACGGCCCUCGGCGGAUGGAUUCGCGCUGCCCGCGUCCGCCGCACACCUCCCACACGUGCACUCGUACCCCGGGCAGCUAUCCUCCGCUGUUGGGGCCGGCAGCUCGAGCGGGCCGGCGUCGGGUGCUGGGAACAGCAGUCUGCAUGCGCUUCCCACGCCGCAGCUCUCGAGCGGGCCGAGCAGCAGCGGGAGCUCGCCCGCGAGCUUUACGCAUCCGCUGAGAGGUGGACACACGUAUGAGCCUGGAGCGGGGAGUACGACUGCGAGUCCGGUGGGAUCGAGGCCUGCGUCGCCGCCGCAUCAUCAUGAGAGGGAGCGGGAACAAGCGACCGGGAACGGGAACGGGAACGGGGCACCGCACCAUCAUCAUCUGGCGCAUUCGGUGCGGAUGGCGUUUGGGAUGACGCCGAUCCACUCUGCUUCGUCGGCGUCGACUUCGCAUGCGCACUCGCAUUCGCAUGCGCACCCGCACUCGCCGUACCCGAACCAGUACACGCACACCGCAAGAACUCCGUCGUGGCCCGCGACCGCGCACCCCGCGCAGACGCAGUUCUCGUUCAAGUCGCCGUCGCGCGUCGGCUCGGGUCCCGGUGCCAGCGCCGGUGCUGGUGCUGGUGUGACUGCGUACGGGCACCGUGACGGGUGGGGCGUGGCCAGUGUGCCCGCGUCGCGCUCGGGUAGCCCGCCGAUUACGCUUGCGCCGCUGAAGAUCAAGAGCGAGUCGCCUGGGGCGACGAUGGGCGGUGUGGGCAGUAAUAUGGGGAGUGGGGCGACGUCGCCGACGACGGCGACUGCUUCUUCAUCUACUGCGAUGGUUGUGGAGAAGACGAAGGUGGAGGUGGAGGGCGAGAAAGGGGAGGAGGUUGUGGAGACUGGGCAGGAAAAGAUGGCGGGUGGGUUGAAAACGGAGAAGACGGCGGUGGAGAAGGUGGAGUUGCCCACAUUUAAGGAGUUUGAGGCGUCGACGUUGGCGAGUCGAUGAAGAACUCAAUUCGACUCGUCUCGGCGUUUAUCUCUCCAGUGGCCUCUCGCUCAGGUUUCGACGUUCAACUCUUUGGUCGACUUCCGCCUUCCGUUUUUCAUCUCUUCUCCUAUGCUCCCUCUCUCUCCUCUCGCCUCUUGCCUCUUAGAACCCCUGGAUGUAGCAUGUUACCGACACAACUUUCCUCGCCCCAUCUCCACUCUAGCAUCACCCGAUAUCUCAAAAAUUCUCUGGUCCAUUUGACGAUCCGUUUUCGCCUUCGUUUCUCAGUCUUCACGUCUCUCGUCCAUCCCAUAUUUCUCAUGGCCCUCUUACUCUCCUCAUCUACCAUUUUCCCCCUGAUCCCAACAUUCACGAUGUAGAGCAGCCCCGCAUUGCACGCAAACGCACAUUUGGUAGCACUAGUUAUACAGUACAUAGACAGAAUCCGCACAUCACCCUAUAGACAGAACCCGGCUCACUUCUUCUUUCGACUCUUUCUUUGAACCUGCUUAUACACUUUCGGACUUGCUCUUCGUUUCGAUUACGGUUUGCGGCUUAGUUGGGCUUAGUUAACCUUACCCGUUACUUGUUCCUGUUCCUCGUUCGACGCUAUUAUUAUUGACCUUCUUCUCUCCUCUCCAUUCACCCUCUACGUCUGAUCAAUUUGGCUCUUUGACUUUGAUCUUCAUACGCACCCCACGCUGCUCAUCAAUGCACCCUUUUUUUUCGUUAUUCCGCGCUUGCUCACUGGCGCUGCUGGAUUGCGCAUACAUGGACUCAACUCCCAGAUCC